CAGCACUGAGUGACACUCCAGCAGCCUAAUCCAAAGAGUCAGGAUGCAGAGCGGCGCCCCUGCUCCAUCCAGCGACCUUUAACUUCUUUUUUCCAGGGCUGACUGAGGAAACCCUGCCGACACUUUGUCCUUAAACGCUCUAAAUCCCACCUCGGUGAGCACCAGCGGUGGGUUUCAUCUGUUCCGUCUUCCUUCUCAACCGGACUUGAGUGGACGUUACGUGGGGACAAUGGAAUCCAACGUUAUCCAGGACAGUAUCCGCCCUCAGAGGCUGCAGCCGGGGAUUGGCUUCGGGUCCGGACCGACGGGGACCCUCCGCUCCUCCUCUCUCCGACCCGGAGUAACGGUCCCGGUCGCGCCGUUGCUGCCCUCCCCGGCUUCCCUGUGCGCUUCGUCGGGGCCUCCUCCUCCUCCGCCGCCGCUGCAGCUGCACAGCCUCUAUGGAGGAGUGGGAGCGGGGCUGGGGCCCGGGGCCGGGGGCCACUGCAACCCGGGGAACCCGGCGGUUCUGAAGGAGGCGGUGGAGGCGGUGGUCCGCAGCUUCGCCAAACACACGCAGGGCUACGGCAGAGUGAACGUGGUGGAAGCUCUGCAGGAGUUCUGGCAAAUGAAGCUGACCAGAGGGGCCGACUUGAGAAAUGGAGCUCUGGUGGUUUAUGAAAUGGUGCCCUCAAACAGCCCUCCGUACGUCUGCUACGUCAGCCUUCCAGGCGGCAGCUGCUUCGGAAGCUUCCAGUUCUGUCCAACGAAGGCGGAGGCGAGGCGCAGCGCCGCCAAGAUCGCCCUGAUGAACUCGGUUUUUAAUGAGCACCCCUCCCGUCGGAUUACUGAUGAUUUCAUUGAGAAGAGUGUGAAUGAGGCGCUGGCCUCCUUCAAUGGAAACAGAGAAGAGGCUGAUAAUCCAAACACAGGGAUUGGGGCGUUUCGCUUCAUGCUAGAGUCCAACAAAGGGAAAUCCAUGCUGGAGUUCCAGGAGCUGAUGACCGUGUUUCAGCUGCUGCACUGGAACGGGAGCCUGAAAGCCAUGAGAGAGCGACAGUGUUCCCGACAGGAGGUACUGGCUCACUAUUCCCAUCGGGCCUUGGAUGAUGACAUGCGCACCCAGAUGGCGGCCGACUGGGUGAACCGGGAACAGAGCAUGGCGAGAACCAUCGCUCAGGAGCUGGCCUCGACGGAGCGGGAGCUGGAGGACGCCAGGCUGGCGGGCAGAGAGCUACGCUUUUACAAGGAAAAGAAGGACAUCCUGAUGUUAGCUGUGGGUCAGCUCAGCGCAGCCAACGCAGCCACUCUGCCAUCGCACUAAAAUAAACCCCCUCGCCACGCAGUUGGAUUCCUGGUAACAGUGUUGAUCGCUUUUUAAGAUGUUUUGUAACCAGGAUCAUCAGGAUUCAGCUUCCUUUUUUAUUCCUUAAAAAGAAACACUUAUCAAACUCUUUGUGCCUAGUAAUCCCAGGAAGCUGUUCUGCUUUAUUUAUCCUUGGAAAACAAAACAACAAAAUAAAAUAAAAACUUGUCACAUGGUUUUUACAUUGCCACAGUUCUGGAAACUGUGCAGACAGAUUUGAUUCAGGUGUGGAUUUGAUGGCAUGAAUUUAAUCCGGUAUAAAUGGAAUCAGUUACUAAAAGUCACUAAUGAUUCAGAAUCGGUAUAAGCAAGCAAAUUAUUUGAACUUGGAGCAUCAAAAAUGACUUUGAUUUACCUAGUUUGACAUAACUAAUUGAUCACGCCUAACUUUUCCAACUCCACCGAAAAAUGCUGUUUGUUCCCAAACAGUCUGAUCUCUAAUGCCUCAUCUGUGCACACAACUGAGGCCAGAAACAACCAACUCCUGCUCUCCUGACAAUACAUAUUUUUUGAAUGUUUAAAUCCAGCCAGAUUUAAAGAAAAAAGGUGAUCUGAAUCACAAAAAACAAACAAACAAAAAAAAACAAAACACCUAAUCGAAGCAUUUUUUUCCAAAAUUAAGUUUUUUGACUUACCCUUAAAGUAAUAUUUGUAUUCCAGGAAUUUUCAAUAUGGGUACGUUUGACUGACAGCUCUGUUUUCACACAGAGACGAAAGUCUAGUUAAAGACUUUUUUUUUGUACUGUUAUGUUUAUUUUACAUUUGUCUAUGAUUUUACAACCCUGACACUUGCCGAAUGUAUACUUAUAGCGUGCUAUCAACUUUAUAACUGAUAAAGCUACUUUGUUAAACUCUUAUUGACCAUUUCUACGUCAAUACAGAGUCUGAAAAAGUCAGUGUUCAUAAGAUGCAAAUAAAUUAGUAUUUUCUUGCCAUGUUUUGGGCUUUGAAAAAAGAAAGUCAAAACUUCACCUUGGACCUGAGUAAUGUUUUUUUUUAGAUCUUGGUGUUAUCGUUGAAGAUACUCAGAGCAGAUUUUGUUCUCUGAACCGUUUAAAGUCAGCAAAUGAUGAACUCUUUCUAUAGUUCUUUUUCUAAACUAUAUUUCUACAUGCAUAAAAUUGAAGACAUUUAACCUUGGAAAGAAUGCAUAUGAAUAAAGAAAUUGUUUGACUGAUUAAUGGUGAAAAUGCAGCCCGGAAGCAAACAGUAAAAACGCAACAAAGCACUUUUUCUCCUGCUGAAAACCAACCGAAUCACCAACAGCUGAAAUUUGUUACCUUAAUGUUUUUGGAGAUGGUAUUUUUAAAACAUAAAGGGGAAAGACUGAAUUGAAUUAAUGUCAGAGCAGCUUUUAUUUCCUUUGGGCUUAUUAUUUGACUUUUUUUAAAUUAAAAACAAUUAUGAUGAGAUCACUAAAACUAGAACCAGAGGCCUGCAAACUCUAAAUCAUUACGUUGAUUUACUUAGAAAGACAGAAAUAAAAAUACUAUUUAUAUACGAUUCUCUGAAUUAAAGAAGUGACUUCUUGCAAUUUUGUUCCUGUUUUCAUUUACAGAAAUGUUCUAUUUUUGACACAUUAAUCUACUUGCAUUAGAUUACAAAUGAUUUUUUUAAAAUAAAAAUGUCCACCAAUAUACACAUGUACCUCUAUAUGACAAAGUUCCCCUUAUAUGCCGCAGUGUUGGUUUAAUUAGGACUUUGUUCUUGUAGAUUUUCAUGUUUGCUUAAGCAAUAUACAGUGUGUGGUUUUUCAGUAAUCUAUUGAAAAAAAGAAAGGAAAUUAUGAAUGAAAACAAACUGUAUUUCACCAAGCUGUUAAAAAAAUAAGUUUGUGAUUUAAUUUUCUUCUUUCUGUUGUUUAUUAUAAAGAAUAUGCCCUUUAAGUGUUGUCUAUUAUAUAAGCCAUUUAAAAAAAAUAUUCAUUUUGUUUUUAUACGUAAGUAUUUUUUAAUUGAUAUCGGGUUGCUACACAUUUUAUAAAUAAAAGAACACAUUUUAUUUUUUUCAUUUCUUUGAUUUGUUGGGUUUGAUGCAUGAUGUCUUAGAUUUUGUUUUGCUUGAUCAUGUUUUAUACACAGUGUUGUUUUUUAAAGUUGCUUUUUGAGGGCCAAUUGUGUUUAUUUUAUAUGAACUUUUUGUAUUCUGUGUUUAUAGAUUUAUAUCAAUAUGUAAUAAAUGAAAAAAUAUGUA